AUGCCAGUGACUAGGUCACAGAAAAAUACUCCUCUCCGGCCCCCGUCGGUGCCCUCUACAAGGCAUACGGCGACUGUAAGCGCAAAUAUUGAACGGCCGGGAGGUUCCUGCGCAUCGGCAAUUUCGCAAAACACGCAUCGUGCUACAUCGACAGAAGUGGCGACCGCAAGAACGGCAAUGUCCGCUAUAUCCGGACCAAUGAACAUGGGUGCCGUACGACGACAGGCGACUGAGCAAGGGAGCUCACGAAAUAUGGCGUUAAUGUCCGGUGUAACUACAGCCGAGGCAUUAACGAGACAAAGCUGCCGUUCAAAGUCUGUGAAGUCGACAAGCUCGUCUGUGAGAAGACGCGAGUUAUUGGCCAAAGAAAGAUUGGCUCAGGCGGAAGUUAAUCUAGCUCGCAUAGAGUUAGAGCGCAUACAAUGCGAGGAGGAGGAAUGUUCGGCUGAGGAACCGGGCGAUAAUAUGUCCCGGGUUGAAGAUUGGUUGCAUACGUCGCAACAAGGCGAUUGCCAAGAAGAAAUAAAGCCGUGUAAUAAAUAUUCCCCUCAAGAAAAUGAAGCCGCCGAGCAAGAAUGCAGUUCGACAAAGAAAAUUACGUCGGAAGUAGAAGCUCUCACAAUCGCUUUAAAGGAAGCAAUGUCUACAAGAGAAGGUUCAUCUGCGCAGCCAAAAUUUAUUUAUGAAUUGCCUUUUUUUGACGGCAACAUCGAAGAAUGGCUGGCCUUUAAAGUUAUGUAUGAAGACACCGCUUUUAUGUUCAGCAGUGUACAAAAUAUGGCGCGGCUGAGACGGGCAAUUAAGGGCAACGCUAAAGAAGCGAUUAAAAGUCUAUUAUUCUCAGACACAGGCCCAGACGAAGUUAUGCGAGCCCUCGGCCGGAGGUAUGGUCGUCCAGAUGCUUUAGUUAUGGCGGAGUUAGACAAAAUAAGGUCGCUCCAACGUAUAAGUGAAAACCCGAGCGAUAUAUGUGCGUUCGCAAAUCAAAUAAAUAAUAGCGUCGCUACAAUAAGAGGUCUGAAAAAGCCAUAUUAUCUUCGAUCACCUGAAAUGUCAAGGCAAAUUCUCGACAAGUUGCCGUCUGUUUUAAAGUUUAGAUGGUACGAUUACGCGGCAAAAAUAGACGAAGACGAUUGCUCGGACCUCGAGUCGAUAUCUACGUUCCUGAAUAACGAGGCAGACAAAUGUGGGGCCUUUGCCACUGUAAAUCUAAAAAGCGGCUACAGAAGAAACACGAGAAGUUUAGUGAACUCUACACGUCAACUAGAUCAAAGCGAGCCACAAACGAAAGAAAUUAAAUGUCCAUUGUGCCAAGGCAAUCAUUUUCUUGUGGCUUGUCAAAACUUUAGGGACAAGUCCACACAAGAUAGAUGGGUAACGGUUAAAAGUAUAGCCGUUUGUUUUAAAUGUCUUCGUCAUAAAUUUACGAAAGGUUAUUGUCGCAGUCCGCCGUGCAAGAUAUGCAGGCGAGGACACCACACAAUGUUACAUUAUAAAAGAAGCGAACGUUUGAAUAAUGAGCAAGCCUCGUCACAAGAAGUUACAAUCGAGGCGCAACAAGUCAACACGGUACAAGCCCAGAAAGCCUAUCUUAAGAUGAUCCGUGUUGAAGUAUUUGGAAGUAAAGGGUCUAAGAAAAUAAUGGCGCUUUUAGACGAAGGCUCUACAGUGUCUUUGUUGAACGCCGAUGUGUCUCAUGAAAUUGGUUUAUCAGGCCGCACGGAAAGUCUUGUUUUGGAAACCGUAGGCGGCAAACGCAUAAUUGAGACCGAUUCUCAGAAAAUUAACUUAAAGAUAAAAGGAAUUCACCAAAACAAAACGAGGGUUUUACAAGGCGUGCGUACUGUGCAAAAUCUCAAGCUUGCGUCACAGUUAUUAGAGAAGAAAAGGCUUGAAAAUUAUUCCCAUCUGAGGGAAAUUAGCGACACAUUGUAUUAUGAAGAAGAACCACCUCAGCUUCUUAUAGGACAAGAUAACUGGGAGUUUAUUAUCUCUCGGGAGGUCAGGAAAGGAAAGCCCGGACAGCCUGUCGCAUCAUUGACAGAGCUCGGAUGGGUACUACAUGGGUUGGACAAGGGCAACGGAAAAUGUGCAGGCUCCUCAGAGAAGUGUACACACUUAGUUGACGACGGGAUUCUUGCCACUAAUGCAUACUCCGCAACAGAGGCUAUCCAUAUGAAGAAGAAAAAUCCGAGUGUUACAGACUCGGAUGAGAAAACUUUGGCGCUUGUGAAUAACACGCAACAUCGGGAUGAGCAAUUUGAAUACCUCCUGAAGAAGGAUAUAAAUGAAAAUAAGCGCAACAAGACGUCCGUCAAAAAUAAAUCACGUAUUAACAUUGAAAAAACUACGGCGCUUGUGAAAACUAAGAACAAGCGAUUGACGGACGGACAAAGUGAACGCCUCUUAAUAAGAAAUCAAAAUGGAGUUAUGUUAAAUUCGUCCGACAAAAAUAUUACAAGCAGGAAGAAAAUUAUCAGAAAACAGACAAAGCAAAUGAAAACAGCAUUCGAAAAGAAGGAUGAUAAAAUAUCGACUCUACCAAGGAAAUCGUCGCAUGACUCCCAGCAUUCAUCUCGUUGGAAAUGGAAUUGGCGAACGAAACAAAGACUGGGUACACCACCGGAAAACAAGUGUAUCUCAGGGUCAACACAAGCCACAAGUUGCCGUGUUCAAGGCAAUGUGAAAAAAUGGCCAACGAGAACGUACCGAGAAAAUUGUCUUGCUGGGAUAACAUACUAA